GAUGAAGACUGUAUCUUAAUUGUAAACUUGGGAAACGAAAACAAUCCUUCGCCCUCUCAAUUCGAUCAAAUUUUGGCAAUCGCCGUUCAACAGCGUUCCAAUGUCAAAUGUCUUAAUAUUCACGAUAUGUAAAAAGGGGUGCAACGCAAGCAAACGACGGCUUUUAUUGAGCCGCUACGAGCCCGGCGGGGUUUGUCGUUGACUGAGUGGAGAUGAUCAAGGGUUUGAAACCGAGCUCCUCAACAGGUCAGCGCAAAAAGUCCUUCUUUCGCAGAGCCUACCUUGGUGACUUUCGCCAAAUCAUACUGCAGUUCUUUGAUCUGCCUAUUCUUCGAGUCCAACACCUCCUCCAACCUUCUCGACAAGCCCGCAACCGCGGUCGGGUCCAAAUUCGUCGCCUUGAGGAUCUCAUUCACUUGCAGAUCCCGCUUCUCGAUCAAGUCCCGCAGCGACUCGACCUUCUUCUCCAACACCAGGUUCUUGAAACCUGUCUUUUGCUGCACGCUGACAAUGCGGUCCACGAACCCUUCAUACAGCUCAUCACGCUCCUUCUGGACCUGCCCGAACCGCUGCUCCAGCACCUCGUGUUCCCAAGACAAUGCCUUGUGCCUGUCCUCGAGAAUCUUCAACCGGGCCUUGGUGUCCCGAAGCAGCUGCUUGUCCUUGUCGUAGUUCUGCAACUGCCGUUUGAGUGCGUCGCAUUCCGACAAAGCAGCCUGCAACGGCUCCGACAGCCGCUUGUUCUCCGAAGCAAUAUCCGCCAUCUGCUUCUCAUUCCGCUCCUCCUUCUUCUUCAUAUCCUCCACCUGCUCCUUCAACGAGUUGAUCAACGCCAAGUUGUUCAACGUGAUAUCGUUAUAGUAGUUCUUGAUCUCCCCAAACGCCUUGUCGUGAUUCUUCAUCAACGCAUUGAUCUGCCCAUUCUUGCGCUCCUCGAUCUCAUGCACCUCGUUCUUGCGCUUCAACUCCAAAUCGUCCCUCACAACCUUCAUCUUCUUCUCGUAUUUGGCAUGCAGCUCCUUUGCCCGCCGCUCAAAGUCGUUGCGCAUGCGCGUGAUCUCCUCGUCGUGCUUUUGCUUGAGGUUCUUGACGAUGUCCUCGUGGGAGAGUUCGAGCUCCUUCAGCUCGAGCUUUAAUGCCCGCUUGUCCCGCUUCAGCUGCUGUUCGCGGCCAACGUGCUCCUCUUGGUCGAUCUGGAGUGCGCGUUCGGAGUCGGCUUGGAGAUGGGCGACGUUGUUUUGGUAUUCGUAGAGUAGGUGCUUCACUUUUUGUUUGUAGACCUGUGGUUCGCGGGACAGAUUCGUGAGAUGUGUU